GUCUCCUUCCCUCCUUCCGCUUGCGGACGCAAAAUAUAAAAAGGCGAGAAGCAGGGGAGCGAUGGAGACCGGAGGUUCCUCUCUACUCACCGACUUCACUUCACUCGUCUCUCUCUCUCUCUCUCUCUCUCUCUCUCUGCUACAUUUUCUUUCUCGCGCCAAAUUUCGAAAGUCCUAUCUCUAUCUCUCUCUGAGUUAGCUUCGUGAUUCCUGCUGCAUAUCGUACGUCCGCCAUAGCAGUGAUCAGCACGUUCUCGUCUCAUUCCAGAGUGCUCAAAAUCCGGCGGGAACUUCGGAAUUCAACUUGUUCUCCCCGAGGAUUUAGGAGCAGGAUGGACAACCUUUACGGCAACAGCCCCAGAUUCGGAAAGGUGAUCGCUUUACCGGGAAAUAUGCCCAUGAGUACAGCGGUGUAUAGUCAUCCGUCAACUGAGAGAGGCCGCCAUAAAUCUUUUGCAAAGACUCCGACUUGUGAUCCAUAUUCAUCAAGGUACGGCAACCUGAUGAAGUUGCUGCAAUCCAAGUCACCUUCCUCGGUGUUGGAUAAUAUUGGUCCCAUGACACCACUGAAGCUUAACAUGGAGGAGGACACUUUGGUAAUGGAUGGUAUUCCAGUAGAAUCAAGCAGCGGAGGAUCAUCUUCGGGCAACAGUCACAGUAGAAGACCAGUGUAUCGAGCUGUGGAAGACAAUAUAUGCAGCUUCCCAGUUACUAAACCUCGCUUGAUUCGUGGAAAAGAAGAGCAGCAGCAUCCCUCUCGUCUAUCUGUCAAGAAUAACUCUCCUGAGGCAGUCUUACGCGCAGCUGCUGAGCUAGAAGCACCAAAAACUGUGGCAGCUCCACCUUCAAGACCAGCACAAACUCACAAGUCACCUAACAUAAAAGUUCCCACCCGGGAUUGGUCACCUCUGGAUGAUGGAAUAGUGGUUGACUCACCUUCCCGAUCCCAGGAAGACAUCCAUCCGUACAUUCACCGCUUCAUGCAUGAGCCAAGAUCCAUUAGGAGGUUACCUGUCUUCACUGAGAUAACCCGCCAAUAGAAGCCUCUUGGCUCGAAUAGACCUCAUUGG